UCUAUCUUCAGUGGCUAUCGCGUCCGUAGUAGAAAGUCAGUCUGUUAACCACUGGACUCGCUCAUACAAUACCAUAAACCCCCGUGAAUGCAAAGACCACAGAAUAAAUAAUUCGAAAAAAAAAUAAAUAAUACCAACUCACGACCUCGACAGGAUUAUUUAUUUAUACUCCAAUCAGUGACAUAACCUGACCUGUCUGAAGGAGAAUAAUUGAUCCUAAUUAUCGAGAUAAUUGAGCGAUUGAAAUAAAAAAUGGCUGAACAUAUCCACCACAUGAUGAACACUUCGGGUGGUCAUGAGGAUCAUCACGGGAUGGACCACGCCAGUGAAAAUCAUCACAUGGACAGAGGUGCCAUGAGUCACGCUGCAAUGGACCAUGGGGCAAUGGGACACAGUGGAAUGGAUCAUGGAUCCAUGGGGCAUGCAUCAGAAGCAACAGCUGAUGUUUGCAGUAGUAGUGGACAUGGGAUGCACGGAAUGAUGUCGAUGGCUUUCCACGGUGGCUACUGUGAAACCGUUCUAUUCGACACCUGGAAGAUCACCUCGAUAGGUGGUCUAGUGGGUUCGAUGAUUGGAAUAAUCAUAAUGGCUGCCCUGUACGAGGGCCUAAAAUACUACCGGGAAUACCUCUUCUGGAAAACCUACAAUGCCCUCCAAUACAGGAGUGUUUCAAUGCCAGCUGAGAAAAAUGUCGUGGCAGAGGACAACCGAGUCGUCCACAUGGUCGGCGAAGUUAUCCAUAAACAACCGCCGACGAUGAUCUCUCAGAUGCAUUUCUUCCAGACAUUUUUACAUAUCGUCCAGAUAAUUCUCUCUUACUUCCUCAUGCUGAUCUUCAUGACUUACAACACUUGGUUGUGCUCAGCUGUUGUUCUGGGUGCAGCAAUAGGUUAUUUCCUCUUCGGUUGGAAAAAAUCAGUGAUUGUCGACGUAACAGAGCAUUGUCAUUAAUCAAGGCUGCAAUCUCCGUGCCAUAACCGCACAAACUCAUUAGGCUCAUUAAAGUGUCCUGAAUGUCUCAAACAAGACGAAAUAAAAGUCGUCUCCAAAUGAUCGCCAACGAGGCAAUCAACGAAUAUUUUAACGAACGUAUUCGUCAAAUUCUUCAUAUAUUUUUUUAAAUAAUAAUUAU